AUGGCUCAAGCGCUCCCUUACUCAGUGUUCUUUUUGCCUGGCGACGAGCUUCGGGGCCGUGUUGAGUGGCUCGAAAAGAACGUGCUUCCCCGAAACUUCAGUAAAGGAUUCUUCUUUGCUGUGACUACAAAUACAUUUGUGGGCUUUGCCAAUCAAGGUAUUGAUGAUUCCUUGGAGACGCUGUUGGACGGUCUCGCAAGAGCAACAGGAAGAAAAGGAACUAUAGAAGCACUUCGGGUGCUGUACACUAUCCUUGGAGAGGAUGCGACAGCGGAGGGGCUCUUGGAGCUCUGCAUUGCUCUGGGCAUAGCCUCAGAAGCCGUUGCUGCGCCUAACCUCGACAAAGACUUGGUCGCAGCAAGGCUUAGGAAUGUUAAGCCAUGCAUAGUCAGCAUGGCGAAAUCUCUAAGUGCCUACUGCGCCCAGAAGAAGUUGGACAAGGAUGCCUUUGUCGAGUGGGCUGAAAAUAACUUCUCUUGUCUCUCGACCCCGUUGAUGGGCUUUGUCAAUCAUGUGCUCUUUCACCACGACCCUGUUCAAAAGCUUUUCGUGCCCCCGAACCUGUCUGUGGCCAGCAAAGUAUUCGGCACUGAGGCUUCUUCUCUCCUUAUGCCCUUGUCAUUUGCAAGCCAAAGCCUCAGUGGAAAGUGGCAAAGGUUGUUCUCGUCUGACGUAGACGGGUGCUGCUUCAAUCGCCUUGAGUGGUCUUUGCUGGGGUAUACAGGCCCAACGGUUGUCCUCAUCAGGACGACUUCAUCAGCUGCCCUGGGAGUGCACACGACAAUGGAAUGGAAAGAGACUUCACGUAUUCUAGGAGACUCGGAAGGUUUCCUGUUCCAGCUGGAGCCCAGCCUUGCCUUGUAUAGACCCGAGGGUCAUGAAGAGAACUUUGCCUUCUUGUCCACACGAAGCAUGAGCAAGCAGAAGAUAUCGAUUGGUUAUCAGGGACGGUACGGCCUAGGAUUUGGUGGCAGCCCCGACCAACCACGCUUGUUCAUACCUGAAUCCUUUGAACAUUGCGUAGCCGCCUUCCAUGACAAGACGUAUCAAAGCGGUAAUCUUCUCCCUGAUGAUGCUCUGGAGACGUUCGAUAUCGCAGUAUUAGAAGUCUGGGCAGUUGGCGGCGAGGAUGUCGUUGAGCUAGCCCUGCAAGAGCAGCAAGACUACCGUGAGCGACGUCAACACUUGAUCCACCAAGCUCGAGUUGUCAAGGACAAGAGCCAGAUUGCCAUGGAUAUGCAAACGGGGCUUAUCCCCAACUCCUUGUUUGAGCACAAAGAACACGUCCGUGGACGAACUGAAUUUGCCGUCGACGAUACGCACGGCGGAUACAGACUCGAACGAGAGUAA